AUGUCGAGCCAACAUCGGUCUUUACCUGAUUUCACCACCUUCUUUUUAGAAAAAUGUGACAGCCUCAGGACGAAGACCACUGGUGGCAUUUGUAUUGGAGGUCUCAUUACCCUCAUUGGUUUGGGUAUGGGCCUUAAAUUUCCAGAAUCUGAAUAUGUAGCAAUGGAUGAUCCACCUCUCUACCUUCUCGAUUGCAUCAUUCUCAUCCGGAUGGAAUUAAUGCUACCUCAUCCUACUCUUCCUGGACAUUACACUUGGCUCAACCAUGUCAAGGACCCAAUUUACAUCUUACCCAAUCCAAGUAUCUCUCCCUUCACCACCAAUUACCCCGAAACAUGGUUCUUGCCUCAAGAGUUGCCAGACGAUGAUGAUGCAGCAGCGGAUGAUGACAUGCAGGUGGACCCUGACAAUGCUGAUAAACCAUUCGAGGCUAAAGACCAUUAUGAUCUCCUGAUCCGCCAGUUGCCAUCACCUUAUCCAGGUCAAGCCUUUGGGUCACACUCUCAGCCCUCAGGAGAACACUUCCAACCACAACAUGAUUAUCACUCAUACCAGCAACACAAUGAGCCCAACCCCGCACACGAGUUUCCUCUCGAUAUUUACAGCCAGCUUGCAGGGAAACAGGAACACUGCAGCCAUCCAACGCAUUGA